AUGUCUUCAUUACCUCCGCGCUCCUCAUCCGCACCUUAUUACGGUUCAAGGGCCAAUCCGUCAAGAAGACCCAGCGGUGCAAGAUAUCCGCCAUUGAAAUUUCCAUAUUUCCAGUAUAUGCCAGGCGAUCAGAGUGUUCGAUCUGCCAGCUUGACGUCCAUUGUGGACAUGUACCACGGAAGAACCCCAGAUGAUGCCAUGCAACCUCUUCGCUCGCCAAGCUCGUUCUACUACGAUUAUACCGAAGAGUUCGACAAGGGAUUUCCAGGCGAGUUUGAGUAUGCGUCCCCAGUUGACUCUCCCCAAGGGCAUUCUACUGGCAUGUUGAGGAGAGACGACAUGGGGGAAACAACUACGACGCCCCCGGCCAGUUUCAAAGAUCCUUACGGAAAUGCAGCUGUACGUGAAAACAAAGAAACUCGGGCAUCUUCAGGGCCAAUCUAUGGCAACUUAAAUACCUCCAGGCCUCAACGGCAAGAAUUCGAUGAACCCGAUGUUAAUGCUGGUUGCAAGCAAACUCCGAUAUCUAUCAAAAGAAGGCAACAAUCUCCAAUGCAACCGCCCUACUGUAGCUCAAAUAUCUCAGCUAUGGGGUCUGUAAUAUGCGACAUGGUUACAAAACCUCGAGAGGAGCAGCCUAAGGAAGGCUCUCUAAUGACUUCCACUCUAGCCCAGCGUGGAUCUCCUGUACUAUCCAUCGACACUAGCGAAGACGACUGGGUUUGGGGGGGUAGCCAAAAAGAGAAGGAAGCCGGUGAAUAUGAUACCGUUCGGACAAGUCCUCCUCCUGUUCCACCAAAGACGAAAGCUCGAUGCCCAGACAAACCUUCGUUACAUGUGGGAAACAAAAGGGAAGCUGUGAAACCAAAGCUCCGCGGGGCGCAUCAUCGCCGGACCCCCACCAAUACAAACAUUAAGGUCCGGGAUAAGAACGAUGUGGCACUGCCGAAGCAGGGCGUGCCAAAAGCAACUGGAGGCGAUGGGAUUCUUUCACCUAAUCCAAUCUCACCAGCACAUCAGCUAAGGGUCACAAACAGCAUUCCACAGUUGAUGAAGGCUCUGCCACCGUUACCUGAUGAAGCACAACACAAUUCCAAUCUCCCAUGUUGGGGUUCAUCUGGAAACACCGCAGUCCCUGCACAUAAGAUGUAUGCCAGCAGUCCUGCUAAUAAUGUUACGCCCCUGGAGUCUAAAACCAAUGCUUCUCGGUUCAAAGUUCGUCUAAGGUCGUCUCGGUCAGGGCUUCAGAGCAAAUGGAGCCUUGAAUCUCCGGGCAUUCCUGAGAGAAGCUCCAGUAAUCCUAUCAAGCCAAGACUCAGACUCAAAGUAUCUCGAAGCCGAAUGAGUAAUAAAUUCAUGGGCCCUGACGGGAAAAUUGUACGCAACAGUCCCUUAAAGCAGUACAAUUCGCUCUUGGAGCUGAAGAACUUUCCUCACAGAGACGGUUUCACAGAUCGAUCCAGCUUUAGGGAAGCACUCGAAGAGCAACUCGCUCAUCUUGGUAUUGAUAAGCGACUCUCUAAUAUUGAUGAAGGAACUAUCCGAGGACCUUCGCGGCAGCUGUCUGACCAGUUUGAUAUUCCUUACCCCCCUUCAACUAAGGGUAUAGUAACGGCGGAACUAGACGCUCUAUUCAAAACCCAUAAGGAAGAAAUCGUCUUUUCUUCGAUCCAGGGCUGCGCCGACGAGCAUACGAAAAAGGCAAAGGGGCACAGCCAAUCUCAGCGAUCCGACACCAUUACGGUCUGA